AUGAUCAGCGAACAAUUAAAGGCUUGGAAUGUUGGGGCUUUUGAAGAGGAAGGGUCGGUGGGUGCAACAGUGGCGACGGAAGUGAUUUCUGUUAGUUGUGUUCCAACUCCUCUGCUGUAUGAGAAAAAGCGUAAAGAAUCAUAUGGUAUAGACAAGAUCUUAACUGGUACAUAUGAAGACGACACCGAUGAUCUCCAUGAUGUGGUGCCUCCAGAAUCUUCUGAUGAUUGGACUGCAUUUGCUGAUGUCAAAACUGCUGCAUACUCUUCUUCCCAUGUUCCAUCAAAGCAGGUACCUGUAAAGGCUGACUUCAAUGAUGGCUGUCAGAAUUUUAGGGCUCAGUUGAAGGUGCAAAUUGACAAUGCCAGGCAGGAGUUUAGGGCUGAGUUCAUUGCGGCUUGUGACGAUUUUAUUUCUCAGUUGAAGAUGCAAAUUGACAAUGUCAGGCGGGAGUUAAGGGCCGAGGUCAAUGCUGUAGGGGAGGAGUUUAGGACUGAAGUCAAUGCUGUAGGGAAGGAGCGUAGGGCCAAGGUCAAUCCUGUGAGGGAGAAUGUGCAUGCUGCAACAGAUGAACUUGGAGCCAUUACCAACACGAUGGUUGCCCUCAAAAAGGACAUUGCAGCAAUGAGAUGCCCGCAGCAACAAAAAUAUUACAGAGGAAAUACUGGUAGCAAGACAGCUAUGGAUGCUGAUCCUAAAAAUGACAGUUUUGCUUUCACUACUCGUACAAAUGAGAAGGCUCCAACAGUUGUAUUUAACGACGAAUUACGGAGGGAGAUACAAAGCUUUAAGGACGAGGUCAGUGCAAUGGUGAAAGAUGAACUUCAUUCGGUAAAAGGUGGUUUCAAAUAUGUCAAGGCUGAGUUGAGCUUACAGUUGACGAGACAAUCACUUCCAUAUUGCUUGAUAUGA